AUGUCUUCCAAUCUACUACCAAGCCUCCAUCGCUUCACCGAGUUCAUCAACUCAGGCAACACAGAUAUCGGCCGAGAAGUCGUAUCAGAUUCAGCUAUUUUCCACGUCCCAUUCGGUCCUGAGCCCCUCAAAGGUCUCGAUGGCUAUCUUCAAAUUCUCGGAAUGAUGCGCAGCGCAUUUCCAGACAUCAAUUGGACAUUGCAAGAAACCAUAUGCGAAGGCGAUAAGAUAGUAGCACGGUUUGAAACUCGGGGUACACACCAAGGGCCUUUUAUGGGUAUCCCCGCGUCGGGGAAGAAGAUUUGCAUGACUGCCCUCAAUAUCUACCGUUUUGAGCAUGGCAAGAUUGUGGAGGAAAGAGGGCAGCCGGAUAUCUUUGGGUUGAUGGUUCAAAUUGGUGCUAUUCCCGUUCCAGGACCUUGA